GGAGCGGAAAUGAGUGCGGCGUCGGCGUCGGCGUCCGAGCGGGGUUGGAAGAGCGAGAAAGUGGACGAGGCUCAGGCCCUGGCGCGGAGUUGCGCUGCCCGAAGACCCGACUUCCAACCGUGCGACGGGCUCUCCAUCUGUGCCACGCACAGCCAUGGCAAGUGCUUCAAGCUGCACUGGUGCUGUCACCUAGGAUGGUGUCACUGCAAGUAUGUGUAUCAGCCUAUGACCCCUGUGGAGCAGCUUCCAAGCACUGAGAUUCCUGCAAAGCCUCGGGAACCCACGAACACCAUUCAGAUCUCAGUCUCACUCACUGAACACUUUUUGAAAUUUGCAUCUGUCUUCCAACCACCCCUCCCCCCUGAUUCACCAAGGUACUGUAUGAUCUCAGACCUCUUUAUCGACAACUAUCAGGUUAAAUGUAUUAAUGGGAAGAUGUGUUACGUGCAGAAGCAGCCGGCACCACAUUCCCACAAAAUGAGCCCUGAGGAGGUCUCUGCACAUGAUGCCUUAAUUUCAAGAGAGAGCAGUACACCAAAAAUAGAUCACUGCUCUUCUCCCUCAAGUUCUGAGGACUCCGGGAUCAAUGCCAUUGGGGCUCACUAUGUGGAAUCAUGUGAUGAGGACACAGAAGAAGGAGCAGAACUGAGUUCAGAGGAAGAUUACAGUCCGGAGAGCAGCUGGGAACCGGAUGAGUGCACCCUUCUCUCCCCUUCACAGUCAGAUCUGGAAGUGAUUGAAACAAUAGAAACCACCGUGUGAGAGUCCAAGCAGGAAGCCACGGCCUCUGAUCCAUGCUGAGCUUUUGUACUUUGGUCUGAUGGAUCCUUUUUCCACUGCAGUUGGUAUUUUCUACCCCUCUCUGACAACCAUAGUGGUUCAGUGGUCUGCUGAUUAGCUUCACUCUUAAAUUAGUCUUAGAACUAAGACCUUCUUUUUCUUAUAAAUGGUUUUCUUUUGUAUCUUGACUUAUUUUCUAUGUAGCAUCUGGUGUCAUGAAUUGUGACCCAGCCUUAAUUUCACUGGGAACUCUGAAAGCAGUGAAGUGAUGAUUAUCAUGGAUCAGGUUGAGGAGCUACCCACAGCGAAGGAGACAGUAUUUUCUACAUAGCCAGUUCUUGACACACACACACACACACACACACACACACACACACACACACACCCCUCUUGUCAUUCCUUUUGGUGUGCCCACGGGCACCCCUACCCUGCUAGUCUCCUAUGGGAAUCAGCUCAGGAGCGGGGAACAGAGUUUGCACUGUAGAUGCCAUUCUGUCUCUUUUCUCUUCUCACCACCUGCAUCGGUCUGGGCCCCUGUUGCCUCAGUUUAUUUCUGGGAGGUUACUGGAGGUUCGCUCGACCCCUAGUUAUGGCCAGUGUCUGCAUACCCUGCGUGAUCUGGGGCAGAGCCAGACCUUCAUUUAAGAAGAGAUGACGCCUUCAGUUUCAUAUUCAAUCCACCUUUAGCUGCGUGCCUAUGCUCUGCAGGGUGCACAGUGGGAUGCAGACUAACACCUGACUCCUACAGGAAGGGGCCCACAGUCCAGCAGAGGGCUGUGCUAACACAUGCGGGUAAUGGUACCCAGAAUGCUCUGGAAACCCAGGGGAAGGAGAGUACUAGGCAUGCAGCUGGAGAACGUGUUGCCACAUUUGAGCUGGCCUCUUGGGUGGAUUCCUCAACAUUUCCCCAUUUUUCUUAAUUGUUCUUCAAAUCUGGGGAAAACUUUUAGGAAGUUAUAUAGGUAUUAUAUUUAGGAGGCAGCCACAUCUGACGUCUUAAAAAAAUCAAUAGUUUUAGUUAGCAUGGAAAUGCUAAACACAGCAGUCCUUUAGGGAUUAGGAAUGAAUCUAAUAGGUUUGAUUAAUUCUGCUUCAUUUGGUUGUAUGAAGCAUUAGAAUGGCUUAGGUGAGAAAUGGAUUAGAAUUCAGUAUGAUGCAUGGAUUUUUUAUGCAAAUGCAAAAGCAGUUGAAAUAGUUUGCUGCUAAGUCAGAAGAUAUUUUGUGUAAUAUUCAUUCACUUUACUACAGUCAUAUUCAUUGUCUGUUGUACAUGUUCUCUUUUCUCACACACACAAAAUAGUGAAUAAUUCUUUCUUACUUAGCUCUCUUCCGAAUUCUCCUAAUUUCCAUUUAUACAAGGUGUUAUUGUGUGAGUUGCUUAUCUGCCAUUUCUCCACGUCUCCUCUCUGUGAGGCGUAGUUAAGAGUUCAGGAAGUUUAAAAUACAGCCUGAUAUACCUGCCAAAGUUUGGAGGUUGAGAAAUACUUCUUAUGCCCUCACUUUCUGUGAGCGUGCUCUCGUGGCACUAUCUCGUGCUCUGUCCGCAUUUUGGCACAUCUCUUCUGUGUCACUUUAGUUUGUAUUUUAAGAAAUAAGACGAGGCCUGUUGUGUUCCACCCUGAAGCCUCCAUUUGACAUCCUUCACAAAUCACUCUAGGCAGAGUCUGCUGUCUUGGUUGUACAUGUAGUUCAAGUGAUUGGCUAGAACACUUUGUUAGGUCUAGGUGCCCAAAACAGCGCUAGGGUUUAGAAAACAGAGUACACGUAUUCCUUUGAAAGCAGUGGCAGUUAAAGCUUCCUGUGCUAGAUGAGAAUGCAGCAUAAAGUUCCCACUGACUGAAAUGUAAAGACUCAACAAGUCGGACCAGUAAGGUGGUGAGAGGAGCUCCAGGAACAGCAGGCUCCAGGAAAGGGCAGGUGGAGGAGGGGGUGCAGAGAGGGCCUUCCCCAGCCUGAUGGCUUAGGGACAGACAUCUGAGGAGCCUGUCUGAGGUUCUCAGUGCCUCCCCUGAUUUACUAGCCAGCUGAAGGCAGGCACGGAAGCCCAAAUCCUGUGAGCCGAGCAGUGUAGCCAGCCACUGUGUACUCAGGAUCGAAGCAGCGACCCCAGGGUCCUGUCUGCACCUACCCUGUGGUUGAGCUCAGUGAAGCCCCUGGGUGGGCAUAUGGAGGGUCUCCUUUCUCCGCACAGUUUUAUCAGUUCUGUACUCUGGGCUCACAUUCCUGUUCAUUAAACUGAUCAGAGUCAACCACCAGGUCUCCAAAGCUGUGGAAAUACGUGGUCACAGGGCCAUGUUUCUGAAGCUGGCUGUGUCAGGGUUGGGGCCUUCAUCUGUAAUAUCUAUGACUUUUGCCUAGGUUCCUGUUUUUUAAACUCCUGAACUGCCAUUCAGAAUACCCAUGAUUUUAAUGAAAUUUUUGGAUUUAAUAAUGGUUGAUAAUCACUUUAAAUAUUUGCACAAUCUCUUUAUAAUUAAAAAUUCACUAAGCUUCACUUACUACUCUUUUAUAGAAUUGAGGAUGUUCCAUUGGAUUCUAAAUAUCAGAUGCUCCUGGAUCUCAAAAUAGCCUUUUCUAAACAAGCACAAGCAAGGGUUUCUUUGUCCUAGCACUGUUAAUAAUUCUCUGAAAAUCAUACAUGAUUGAACCAGAAUUGUUUCUUAAUGCUUGCAUUCCAAAAACAACUGAUAAGGAUAUGAAAAUGGGUAUUUACAACUUAAAUUCUAGGCCUAUCUGUUAUAUAUUAGAUAAAAGAAUUUCUCUGUAAACCUGAUAUUAUAUUGCUCAUUUGUAUAAGCAUAUUUAUAGGCACUUUAGAAAAUGUUUAGACUGCAAUGUGUAUUAUAGACAUCGAACACAGUCAUGUUAAAUAGUCUUUGGGUUAAUACUUGUACGUUGACAGGUACUAAAACUUAAUAAUUUGAACCUGGUAGUUCACUUGGAGUGAAGGGUUGGGCUGUGUGGAUGGAGAAAGUGCUUUGGGGGCUUUUAUGGAAGCCUGGCACCAUCCCCACUUCCUGAAAGUUGAUGUAAGAGCUGUUAGGGUGGAAGAUGCAAAAGAAGUGCUGUAUGGAAUUCAGCUUUAUUACCUAACCAAGACUUCCUUUGGAAUUUUCCAGUUUCAGAUAUUCUAACUCUUCUGAGAAAUGACAAAGCAAUUAAAAUGCUUUUAUGGUUAUAACGAUUUGGUACAUUAAAAAUGAGGCUUUUACAAUCAAACCUAGGUAUUUUUUACCUUGUAAUUUUUAAGAUUUGAAGUAAGAAUCUGAGGAAAACCAUGAAGAAAAACGGUUGCUUUCCUGGGAGAGGAAGACUUGUACUUCAAGGUAAUACAAUACAAAAUAAAACCAAAUAAACCACCCAGACUAAAACAAAACGGUGAAGUUGUUGUCCUCAAGUACCUUUUGGAUUUGAUCUCAGAUUCGAUACUGUUGUGGGGCUGGUGCUUUUAUUUUUUAACCUCUACUUCCUGUCCUAUUUGAAGCAGUUCUUUUGAGACUAAUCAGAACAAACUCAUUUUAUACAAAUUUCUCUAUUUGGGUAUAGGACACAACCUAUUUUAGAAAACUGCCAAAAUACCCAGAUAGGUUUGGCGGUAUAAAUACUAUUAGGCAGGGGGUCGGGGGGAAAGCACAAGUUAAACUAAUAUUUAUAUGUCAGCUCUUGAUUAUUCCAUCUUGUUUGCAAAAUUGUAUUGACGUGUUUUGGCCUUUCACAUGAGGGAAACAACAUUUUAACAGUUUUCUUUCCUAUCCCCUCUCCACAGGAGGUGAGGGCCAGAAUUGAGGAGCACAGUUGCAUUUUAGGUUUGUCUGAAUAGUCUGGGAUUGUGUCUGUUCCCACAGGGGAGGAGAGGGGAAGGAGGUUGGAGUCCUCACUGUCUCAGUGCCGUGAACUCCAGGGAUGUCGGUAUUUCUCACAUCCAAACAUAAUUACGAGGGCACGUCUCAAAAUUAAUUUUGGGAUUACCUUUUAAAAAUGUUACGUCACUGCUCCCUUUCAUUACUCUAGAGACUGGAGAGUUGACUACCGUGAAAGGGCCAUGCUUCUGUUAGUGCUUUGAGUUCCUUCUUCUGUUAAGAUUGAAGCAGUGCUCUCUUCAUAGUAUGAACAAUUCUGAAAGCAGAUCAUCACUAGAGGCUUUAAUAUUGAGCUUCUGUAUCGUUGUGUCCACAUACACUUUUUAAGGUUGUUCAUACCUUGCAAUAUUCACUUACUGUGCUAAUUUUUUCACCUAUUUCAAAGUUUUAAGCACAAUGUUGACCCCUCUGUAAUUUCCUAAUAUUAUAUUCUGUUUUCCUAAAGACAGCUCAAGUUUCCUCUAUGUAUAAUACUUUAGGAAAAUACUUAACUUGUAAAAUAAAUGUAAUUUUUUUCUUUUGUACCAGCACAAAUCUGAUAUUUUGGAGUCUGGAAUAUUCUCUCCCCCUCACUUUCUCCUUUGGAGAGGUUCUGUCUGAUUCAAAUAACAUUGUGAACUAAAGAAAACAACCCGCAUUUAUAAAACGUGAAACUUGUA